AUGGAAAAAUACGAUAGACAAUUAAGAUUAUGGGGGGACAAUGGUCAAUCAUAUAUUGAAUCAGCAAAUAUUUGUAUAAUUGGCCCACAUAACCCUUUGCUACAAGAAACUUUAAAAAAUUUAAUAUUACCUGGAUUUAAAAAAUUCAAUUGGUUGAAUACAUCGGAUUCAUCAAAUAUACAAAGUAACAACAACAACGAUUUGUUUUUUAACGAUAUUAACGAUAUCUUAAAACUAAAUGAGGAUAAGGUUGAAUUAUCCAUAGAGCUUUGGAACAAUUCCAUUGACAAAUCAUUUUGGAAAAAUUUUCAAAUCUUAAUCAUCCUUUCUAUCAAUGAUAAAUCAAUUAUAAGUUAUUUUGAUAAUUUAUUAUCGUUACCAAAAAAUGAUAACGAUUCAUUAUACUUACCACCAAUUAUAUUAGCACAUAGCAUCGGCCUGUUUGGUUACGUUCAUUUGAAAUUUUUCAACCCGCAUUUUAUUCUUGAAACUCAUCCAGAUUAUCCAAGGUAUGAUUUAAUAUUGGAUAAACCUUGGCCGCAAUUGAAACAGUUUAUGGAUAAGUUGGAUUUAACAAAUUUAAAUGAUUCAUUAAUUUCACAACUGCCAUACGUAGUCUUUUUAUAUAAGGCAAUUGAAGCAAUUCCAAAUAAUGAAAUAAAAUCUACAACCAGCAUUAAAAAUUGGUUAGGAAAUAUCGAUCUGCCAAUAAAUAAUGGUAAUUUAAAUUUUAUCCAAGCAAAACGUUACUCAUACUUGGCCUUUUAUGACACAGAAUCAGAAGCAAGAAUUUUAAAAAUAUUAAAAGAUGCUGUAAAAUUUGAAUCAGAAUCAAAUCUGUGGCGCGAUAACUUUAACAAUAAUGUCAUUAAACUAGUAAAAUGCUUCAAGAUCUACUUAGAUGAGUUUAAGUUUAUUCCAAUAAACGGCGAGAUUCCAGACAUGGAGUCAAAAUCAGAAUAUUUUAUAGAGUUAGAAAAGGUAUACAGGGCAAAAUCAGAAAGUGACAAAGAGAAAUUUAAAGGUAUUACUAGACAAAACUGUCCCGAAAUUCCUGAUGACUUUAUUAAUCUAUUUUGGAAAAAUAUAAGAAAUAUUGCCUUCGUGAAGCCAUCAAAAAAACCCAUUCAUUACAUAUGGGAUACUUCAGAUCUCUUAUUUCGAGACCUGUUGGAAUUACAAUUUGGGACUGAAAAUAAUGUCCAAAUGGAUGAAAAAUUCCAACUGUCACUAGUGGUAAAUUCUUAUUCAACCUCUUCGAUUAUUGCAGGGAUUGCUGCACAGGAGGUACUGAAAGUUAUCACACAUCAGUAUGUUCCAGUCGAUGACGCUCUCGUUUAUAAUGGAUUAGAUGAUGAAAUCAAUACUUUUUCAAUAUGA